AUGGACGACUGUCAGCAGCAAGAGCAGCACACACCUCAUAAUUCCGAAAAAACUAUUCCCUCUUGCAGUAAUUUUGUCCAACCAGGGGAGAAGCCCCACAAGUGCCUAGUGUGCUCGCAAGCUUUCAGCUGCAAGAGUUACCUCGCAAAACACAAACGGAUCCACCCAAGAGAAGAGCAAUUUUGUUGCUCUAUAUGCUCCAAAAGUUUCACCCGACAGUGCUAUCUUAUCUCUCAUGAGCGCACCCAUACUGACAAGAGGCUUUUCCACUGCUUCAUAUGCUCUAAAAGUUUUUCUAAAAAAUGUAAUCUCACAACUCAUGAGCGUACCCACACAGGGGAAAAGCCCUUCCACUGCUCCAGGUGCUCUAGAAAUUUCAGCCAAAAGUGUCACCUCAGGACUCACGAGCGCACCCAUACUGGCGAGAAGCCCUUUCAUUGCUCCAAGUGCUCUAAAAGCUUCUCCAAGAAGAAUAAUCUUACAACUCAUGAGCGUACCCACACAGGGGAAAAGCCCUUCCACUGCUCCAGAUGCUCCAACAGUUAUUCCAAAAAAUGCUCUCUCGAAGCACACGAGCGCACUCACACAGGAGAGAAGGCCUUCCAUUGUUCCAAGUGCUCCAAAAAAUUUACCAGAAAAUAUAAUCUCGUACAUCAUGAUCGUACGCACACGGGGGAGAAGCCCUUCUCCUGUUCUGUGUGCUUCAAAAAUUUUACCCAAAAUUCUCAUUUAAUAUCUCAUGAGCGCACCCACACAGGCGAGAAGCCAUUUCACUGCUCCAAGUGCUCUACAUCUUUUUUUAGAAAACAUCAUCUUAUUUCGCACGAGCGCACCCACACGGGGGAAAAACCAUUCCCCUGUUCCAAAUGCACCAAAAAAUUUUCCAGAAGAGAUUAUGUCACAGCCCACGAGCGUACCCACAAAAAGGAGAAGCCCUUCCACUACUCCAGUUGCUCUAAUAGAGUGUCCAGGGAAGGUACUCCUACAUUACAUGAGAGCACCAAUACCGAGGGGAAGCCUUUCAAUUGCUCCAGAUGCUCUAAAAACUUUUCCAGAAAAUAUUAUCUCAUAACGCAUGAGUGCACCCACAUAGAGGAUAAGCUAAACAGUGGUCCGGCGAACUCUCAGGCCAUCAGUGUACUCAAGUCUGAUCUGCCGAGGCAUGUACCAACUUAUGAACCAAGCCAUGAACUUCCAUCUUCUUCACAAACUUCUGGUCAUUCGGCGAAGUUUAUAGACAACUGCAUGGCCGAGAAGGUGUUUCAGUGCUUCAUGUGCCAAAAGAACUUUGCGGAAAGACGUCACUGGGAGAUACAUUCGUAUCAAUGUUGUUAG